CGGUGUACAUAAGGUUUGAACAUCCCGCCAGUGGCGAAGAGGGGUCACGGUCUGGCUCGGUUGGUGAUAACAAUCAAGUCGUAAGCUCCCAGUGCCAGUCAACAUUGUCAGAUUUCGAUCCAUACAGCUCACACACAUGCCUUGGGGCACAUUCAGUCGAUCGCGUGUUCAGCGUGACUUGGGGGACUUCGGCGAACCGAGCGAAGAUGAUCAAAGUCUUGGACAGCGGAGAGGCAACAUCGACGUGCGGUGUACCUUCAAAGCAGAAGAGUUCAAGUGGGCCGCCGACGAUCAGAUCUCGAAAACUCUGGCCCUCCUCUAUUUCGAAUUUGAUAUCUUGCGAGGAAAUGCGAGGUUCGAGCUGGCCACCGUCGAGAUUGAUGUAGGGACCCCUUGCGAUGAAACCAUUUCCUCGAUCACCCUAAAGGACUUUGCGCCCAGAAACGGUAUAACCGGAUUAUCGCAGGAUGUUCUCAUCGAGGAAAGACAUCAGACAGAUCCUGAGAUCAAUGCUGGAGCUCUCGGUACGUCACUCGGUCUACGUGGCCAUUUGAACGAGAGGAAUACCAGUACGACCGAGAGACGUCGCUGGGUCUUCAAGGCCGGCACUCCCUCCACCGAACAAAACAUACCGAGGGUAGCCGAGUUUAGGUGGGAAUCCAAUGGAGACCAUUCUGAUGCGAGUAGAAGACGUGUUGGCGCGCUCACUCUCAAGUGUACGGGUUUGCCUCCUGUUCAGACUGCUCAAGGCUCUGGAGAUACCCCGAGGCCUGAUCCGCUGGCAUCUGGAGACCUCCAGGGGUCUGAUCGACCGCUGUCUAAAAUCUCGCCGAGCCCUGAACAGCCGGUACCUCAAGAACCACCAAGGUCUAUUUCGACACCCAAAAAGUCUCUCAAGCUGAAGGUCACUGUGACCGUAUAUCCUUGUCGUUGGUGGCAGCAACUCGGACACUCGGGACCAAAAUCAAAAGAAAGCAAUCGUAUCCCUCUACUGGACGAACGAAAGACCACAUCCGAAGACUUCAAGACGCAAGAGAAGCAGCUACAACGUACAAUCGAGCAGGACAAUGCGGAUAUGGCACCGGCUCAGGUUCCCGAGACCAGAGCUAUUCCUACCACGGACGUUAGCAGGAAUCCAAUGCCCCAUCGUAACAGAGAUGUGACUAAGGCUCAGGCAUCGUAGACACAUUUCAGAAUGGAACAACAGGCUAGAGGAGGUUCGGCAGCCGUCUAACUAUAUCUGCCUAUCGCGAAGGGUAUCCUAUAAACAUAUUAACUACAUCAAAUCCAUCUAGCUACAUAACCAAUUCCCAC